GAACCGUUCAAUUUCUAUCCCCCAGCAACUCUCCACCUUUUCAAUCUUUUUUCCCCAAAGAUAUUUUCAUACUUAUCACAUCUUUCUCUUUGUGAGUGUAUAUAUAUACACACACACACAACUGCUCUUGCUUUCAUCCCCAAAUCAAAGCUCUACUUCAAAAUUAAUCAGUGAAAAAACUAAAGAAAAAAAAAAAAUCAACAUCUCUGAUAAUACAAUGGCGGCCAUGGCCACAACCAUCACCUCUUCUCUCACCAAAUCCUCCUUCCACGGCGCGCAGAUCCGCUCACGCGCCGCCCUCCCGUCCAGAUCCGCCCCUCAUAACUUCUCCGUCGUGGCGUCGGCGUCCUCCUCCCCGUCCCCUGACACGCCGUACGACCUCAGCACCUUCCAAUUCCGACCGAUCAAGGAGUCGAUCGUCGCCCGGGAGAUGACCCGCCGGUACAUGACCGACAUGAUCACCUACGCCGACACCGACGUUGUCGUCGUCGGCGCCGGAUCCGCCGGCCUCUCCUGCGCCUACGAGCUUAGCAAGAACCCCGACGUCAGCGUCGCCAUCAUCGAGCAGUCCGUCAGCCCCGGCGGCGGGGCGUGGCUCGGCGGCCAGCUGUUCUCCGCCAUGGUCGUCCGCAAGCCGGCGCACCUCUUCCUCGAUGAGAUCGGCGUGGCCUACGACGAGCAGGAGGACUACGUCGUCAUCAAGCACGCGGCCCUCUUCACCUCCACCAUCAUGAGCCGCCUCCUCGCCCGCCCCAACGUCAAGCUGUUCAACGCCGUGGCCGCCGAGGACCUGAUCGUGAAGUCCGGCAGGGUCGCCGGCGUCGUAACCAACUGGGCGCUGGUCUCGAUGAACCACGACACACAGUCGUGUAUGGAUCCAAACGUGAUGGAGGCUAGGGUGGUCGUGAGCUCGUGCGGCCACGACGGGCCGUUCGGGGCCACUGGCGUCAAGCGGCUCAGGAGCAUAGGGAUGAUUGAGAGCGUGCCCGGGAUGAAGGCGCUCGACAUGAACACAGCCGAGGAUGCCAUCGUCCGCCUCACAAGGGAGAUUGUUCCGGGGAUGAUCGUCACCGGAAUGGAGGUCGCCGAGAUCGACGGGUCACCGAGGAUGGGGCCGACAUUUGGGGCUAUGAUGAUCUCAGGUCAGAAAGCGGCCCAUUUAGCGCUGAGGGCUUUGGGCCAACCGAAUGCGUUGGACAAUGGGUCUUACAGUAAAGUGAAAGAGGCCCAGCCGGAAUUCACUCUGGCCUCAGCUGAGGUUGAUGAGGUCGUCGAUGCGUAGAUUUGGGAAUCGACAAGCCCAAAAUAAAGCCUACAAUAAAACGAGACUUUGACACGUGGUUAGGGCUGUGUAGUGGAAAGUUUUGAGUGUCAGCAUAUUAGCAUUUUAUGUUCAUGAAUUUGAGUUCAAAAAAGUCUGGUUUGGUUAUGGCAGUUUAUCAGUGUUAUGAAGGUUUUAGUGUUGCUAUUUGGAAAAUGGAAACUUGUAACAGCUCAAGGAGAACAUGUAAUGCACGAUAUAAUGGACUUGAACUAGCAAUGGAGAGUGAAAUUAAAUUAAGUUGGUUAUAAAUCAUAAUGGAUGCAGCUUAUUAUUAUAACUGUGAAAAAACGUAAUUUUACUCAGAUUACUGUUUAAAAUACUUCAAAUAAAGUGCCAGCUCUGUGAAAGUGAA